AUGAAGAGAAAUCGAAACUAUGAAAGCCUUGUCUGCGAGGGAUCAAACAGGAAAAAGAGCUCAGCAGAGAUGAAAAGCAACAAAAAAGCAUGUAUCAAAAUUUCUAUGCGAAAAAAGGAUCAUUUACUGAAGAGGAUUAUUAAUGGAUAUUGUCAGCGAUUAUUGAUAAAAGAGGCCAGAAGCCAGAAAUUAUCUCGAAUGAAAAUUGUUUUCGGAAUUUAUGAUGAUAAUUUACAAUUAGUUUUAUCACCACCAAAUGUUUUGUUGCCACAUAAUAUUGUUGUUAGAUUUCAAAAGAACUCAUUUUCACUCUUUGUUUACAAAAGUAUUUAUUAUAAAACCUUAGAUAAAGCAACUAUAAUUAUGGUUUAA